CCUCCCUCAGCAUCCACACCGAUCUAGGGUUUCCUGCUAGGGUUUUGGUCCUUCGUUUUCGGCGGCGCAAGAUGGGGGAGAGGGUCAAGGGAACCGUGAAGUGGUUCAACGUCACCAAGGGGUUCGGCUUCAUCUCCCCGGACGACGGCGGCGAGGACCUUUUCGUCCACCAGUCCGCCAUCAAGUCCGACGGCUACCGCAGCCUCAACGAGAACGACGCCGUCGAGUUCGAGAUAAUCACCGGCGACGACGGACGCACCAAGGCCUCCGACGUCACCGCACCAGGAGGAGGGGCGCUCUCCGGCGGCUCCCGCCCUGGCGAAGGCGGUGGUGACCGCGGGGGCCGCGGCGGCUAUGGAGGCGGCGGCGGUGGCUACGGCGGUGGCGGUGGCGGCUACGGAGGCGGUGGUGGCGGCUACGGCGGCGGUGGUGGCGGCUACGGUGGCGGUGGCUAUGGAGGCGGCGGUGGCGGCGGCCGUGGGUGCUACAAGUGCGGCGAAGAUGGCCACAUCUCCAGGGACUGCCCCCAGGGCGGCGGUGGCGGCGGCGGCUACGGCGGUGGUGGCUACGGAGGUGGUGGCGGCGGCGGCCGUGAGUGCUACAAGUGCGGCGAGGAGGGCCACAUCUCCAGGGACUGCCCCCAGGGCGGCGGCGGCGGCGGCUACGGAGGCGGUGGCGGCCGUGGCGGUGGCGGCGGCGGUGGCGGCUGCUUCUCCUGCGGCGAGUCCGGCCACUUCUCCCGCGAGUGCCCCAACAAGGCCCACUAGGCGGCACAGCUCUUCAGAUCUGAGUGCCCCGUUUACCCUUGCUCCUUUACCUACCUCCUGAUUCUGCAGCAAGUCAUACCCUAUACCUAUCAGUACUAGUAUUAGUCGCCGUAGCGUUUCCCCCUGCUGCUCGAUGCGAGCUUGGUUCCAGAAGAAUUGCUGGUGGUGUGUUCGUUAAGAUCCAAGUUAUUUUGCUGUCUCUCUGUGAUGAGGACACAGAUCUAUCUAUGUGUUGGAUGGACUAAGUUAUCGAAGUCAAGUUUGGUGUCUUGAGAUUGAUCUA